AUGUGGCGCUCGAAGCGAAACGUCCGAAUCACAUACACCCCACUUUCUGGCCCCAGCAGCGACGGCGGCCCUCAACGCAUAGACGAUUUGGUGACAUACCAAUCUAUCGGCUCGGAUAAAGUCCAGUCAGUACGUGGCAUCGAUACUGCGGUCAUUGGCGGGGGCGCGGAUGGUUGGGCGUGGCAUUGGCGAGGGAAAGGGUGGUUGAUGAUCGCGUCGUCGCGCUGGGAGGUGCUGGGAUACGGGACAGUUACCGAGGGGGAAGAAGAACAAUGGGCUGUAACCUACUUUGCAAAGACGCUGCCCACUCCUGCCGGCCUGGACAUCUACUCGAGAUCCCAGCAAGGGCUGUCCGACGGGCUUCUUGGUCAGAUCAAAGAGGCGCUGAAAGGAAUUGAGGACGAGGGCUUUCAGAAGCUCGUCGACGGGCUUUUCGAAGUGCCUAGAGACGUUGAGUGA